AGAAACGUACAAUGAUUUUCAACAUGAGUUGAACGCUGAGCGCUCAAUAACUUAUGUGGGCGGUAAUAGGCAGUAAGGACUUACGUCAGAAAGCACUCAGCCUGAUGUACUCAUACCGCUUGAGGUGGUAUACAACGUUGCCGGACAGAAUAUGGUCCCAGGACCGACAGCUUAUAGUGACAGGCUGAGCGUGAAAAUGUGUCUGGAUCCAAAGCGCUAAACAUUAGACGCCCGUCAGUCUCUCUUGCUUUUACAUACACUAUGUCGACAUGUGUUCCACAUCAUGAUUGGUUUACCGCUACGCUAACAUUUGGGCUUUGUUGCGGCUUGGUCAUUUCAUAUGUCCCCCAACACUACCGAAUCAUUUCCAGUGGCUCUUCAGAAGGAUUGAGUCCCGUUUUCCUGCUUCUUGGAGUGACCAGUGCUGCUUCAGGGAUGUUGAACAUGUUCACAAUGCAAUGGGGCAUAAUCCGAUGUUGUCAUCUUCUUAGCUUCGGAAGCUGCAUAGAAAUGACGGCCGGAGUAAUCCAAGUUUCCUUGCAAUGGGCCAUGUUCUCGCUAAUAUUGGUCUUGUACAUGAUAUACUACCCUCCACACCUCAAAUAUGUCAAUUUGGGCUUCGAAUAUGAUGAAUCGCUCCCGUUAAGGCUGUCGAAGAGUACAGAGAAGACGAAAGAAUGGAAAACCUCCAUCGUCGUGAGCUGGUUUGCCAUAAUGCAUCUUUUCAUUAUCUCUAUUACGACCGGCUUCCUACUCGCCACAUUCCCUACAUCCCCAUCUUCAUCACCAUCACCAUCACCAGACCCAAUUCCUAUACCUUCGCCAGACGACAGCACCAUGGCGCACUCCGUUACUCAAUGGGCCACUUUCCUUGGUGUUUCUUCCGCUAUCCUUGCCGCAAUACAAUAUAUCCCUCAAAUAGCACACACGUUCCGACACAAAGUCGUCGGUGCCCUUUCCAUUCCAAUGAUGUGCAUUCAAACCCCAGGCGCAGUCCUAAUGGUCCUCUCGAUUGCUCUUCGUCCGGGUACCAAUUGGACUUCAUGGGCUACGUUUGCUGUCGCGGGCAUAAUGCAAGGAACACUCCUCGUUAUGUGUAUCUGUUGGAAGAUUCGUCAAAAGAGACUUGGACUGGAUGAUUUUGGGCAUAAUAUCGUAGAAGAUACAUUAUCGGAAUCAUAUCUUUCGACUACAUCUUCUCUCGCAAACUCUGGUCAUCGGCAUCCGGCUGCAGAUGUAGAUGUUCCUGGACUGGUGGUAGAGGAUGAAGAUGCGGUGGCAGUUCGAGUUGCACUGGCGAACGCGUUGGAAUCGGCUGUAGAGGGCGAUGUGAGGAGCGGAGGCGUGAGGGAAGUUAGAGAGAUACCCAUACAUGCAUAUCAUGAACAGGACGAUGAGAAUACUCCGCUAUUAAACAACGGAAAACAAAGCUCUGCUCCUGCUCCUCGCCGUUGGUUCGGAUUCUAAUUAACAUCACCUUUGUAUGCAUAUUAGUUGUACGAAAUACAUAUAAAAUGUAAUCGAUGGAAUACCCGUAAACUACUGAACCCAACGAAGUCGAGGUGUAGUAAUUCAGAACGACGA